GGAGAAGAUAUAGGAGGAGGGAUUUGAAGGUGGAGAUUUUGUUGAAGACGAUAGAUAUGAUGGAGGAGGAGGAGCGGAAGGGAAAUAAUAGAGAUGUGGACUCGACUCUCCGUCUCUCUUUCUGGUUUCCGAACCAUAUGUCUAGCAAUGACCGGUUCGAUUUUCAACUCUGAUGUCCGGAUGAUCAAAGCCCAAUUUGUAUAAAAAGCUCAUUCACAGAUGGAAGGCUCAUCGCUAACUAUCCCGAGGACUCCAUGUUCAACGCUUACCCGGCUAUCUCGUUACAGAUUUAUUAUGAGAUUAACAUGCCUAAAUGUGGAGGUCUAGGAGAUAUUACAAUCUCUUUAUGAGAAGCUCGACUAAAGAAGAAAAAGUCAGUAGAAUAGGAUUUUUGAUCAUCAAAAAGAGGCUAUUCUUGUGUUAUUAUUGGUUCUUAUCUCGGUUUUUCUUGUAAUACUUUUGAUAACAUUUUCAUGUCAAACUUAUUUUCAAUCUCAUCUUAACUCAAUUUUUAUCAUGUAUCUACAUUUCAUGUUUGAUUAAGGAGGUUUAUUAUAUUGAUGUUUGAGAGAAUUCUGGUUUUUGUUCAAAUCUCUCCUUAUUGUAUCUAGUCUUUAAAAAUGUUCUAUCAAAUCCAUCCUCAUUGAAUAAAUCAUUUAUUCAAACUCUUUAAAGUAAAUUUUUUUUUUGCAAAAUCUAAAGAUAUAUUUAUCUUCGUAACCAUUUUUUUUUAUUUUAGCCUUCUGAACAUUUAAAUUUGUAAUUACCAUCAAAUGUUAAAUGUACAAGGGUAUAUAUUUUUUGUCAAUUACAAAUGACUGUUUGAUUACAUUGUAAAGUAACAAUAUUUGAAGAUUGAAAUACAUGUUUUUUUUCUAACUAAAUGUCGAUGUACUGUAUGUUUGUAUCUUUUAAAAUCCAAAGCUUUCUUCUAAUCUUUUUCUUGAAUAAUGUGAUAAGAGUUUAGUGAUGAUAGAGCAGGCUAUUGAUGUUCUAUAACCCAUUUUACAUCUAGGACAAUGCUCAACAUAAAUAAUGUAUUUUGACAUAUAAUAGGGUUUCUUUACGGUUUACAAGACGUCGAAGAAGAGAAUAUAGUUUGGGACUUGGGAGUUGCCAUCUUCCAAGAGACGCUUGUGGGUUGUGGCAACGAUAAACUUCACCGAGAGAUUGUGAAUGGAAGGCGUCGAUCAUGCUACGUGAAUACGCACCUUUGUAGAAAAGUGAACAAGGGAGAGGCGGAAACUAUAUAUAUAUAUAUAUAUUAUAUAUAUAUAUUUUUUUUUUUACCAAAAAAAGACUAUAUUUUAUUUUAUUUUACUAAAAAAUAUUGCACUUAUUUGAUUUUUAUUUGUGUUUCUUUGCAGCUAUUUUAGUGCAGGCUUAUUUAAAAAAUGGGAAAUUUCUUCUUUAAAAAAAUAAAUAUUUUUUUCCUUUAUUGUAUAUGCAUUAAUUUAAUAGAUAUUUAUAGUAUAUAGUUUAUGUAAAUAUUUAGAUAUACUUGUGUAUUUAGUAUUUACUAUUUAGUCAAGUCGCAUAGACUUCUAUAUGAAAUAAAUUAGGGUUUUCACGGUGUCACACCCAGCGACGACGAGAAAGAAGUAAAGACGGAAUGGAAAACAGGAUCUGUGAUUUGCCCGAUGAUUUGCUCUUGCUGAUCUUGAUCCUCGUCCCAACAAAAGUCGCAGUCACCACUACAAUCUUGUCUAAACGAUGGCGUUUUGUCUCGAAGAUGCUGCGUCUACUCGAGUUCAAUGACGAUGGCAACGAGAAGCUGGGGUGGUUCAUUGACCAGUCAUUGCAACUCCAUAAGGCACCGAAGUUGAGGAGUUUGAUUGUUGAACUGGGUCCAAGUUGUACUGUUGACGUUGAUGUCGGAAAGUGGAUUGAGUACGCAGUUAAUCGUGGUGUGUACGUGUUAGAUUUCAAGCUCCUCUGGACCGCAAAACCCACAAGUUUUCCUAAGAGUCUUUACACAUGCGACACAAUCGUUGAUUUAUCUCUUUCCAAUGAGAUUUUUGUUGAUGUUUCCUCCCAGGCUCGCCUACCAUCUCUCUUACGUCUGAGUCUUCUACAUGUAGUGUACAAAGACGAAGACUCUCUUGUUAGGCUUUUAUCAAGCUCCCCUAUUCUCAAUAACCUAACGGUUGAACGACAUGAGGAGGACAACUUGACAAACUUUACCGUGAAAGUGCCUUCCCUACAAAUAUUGUAUUAUGUGACUACUUGGCGCAACAAGGAUGGUGAUGAUGAUCGACUCACUGGGUCGUUGGUAAUAGAUGCCCCUGCAUUAACAAAAUUUGACAUAAUUGACGUCUGGGAUUACUAUUGCUUGAUAGAGAAUAUGCCUUGCCUUGUUGAGGCAUACAUAGGCUUUGUUCCUAAUCCCAAUGACAAGUUUUUAAGAAAUCUUGUAUCUGUCAGACAUCUUCUAUUGUGUUUGACCGAACCAAUGGUUGAGUGUUGUACCGCCACUAAGUUCUCUUGGCUCAUAGAGUUUUAUUUUCGUCCAGAAGAAUCAGUUGAUUGGUUGGAUUCUCUUAUGUUUUUGCUUCAGAAUAGUCCUAAACUAAAAACUCUUAUGAUCAAAACGGAACCCCAGAGUAUCGCCCCAUCCUGGAACCAACCGAAUUCUAUUCCCGGAUGCUUGUCGUCUAAUCUAGAGAUCUUUGGGUGGGUAGACUAUGGAGGAAGAGAAGACGAGAAACAACUAGUCACAUACAUUCUAGCUAACGCAGAGUGUUUAAAGAAAGUGGAGAUAUCCUUCUUAGAUACCUCUAAUCUUGAAGAGAAACAAAAGGAGUUACAAUCUUCGCCUAGAAUUUCAUCAUCAUGUCAGCUUCUAUUCCCCACUCAAGUGGAAUGGGAUUUUUCUUAACUGAAUUUGUUUUUCUAUAAUGCAAAUUGGGUAAGGGUUGUCGAGGAAAAAAGUAUCCAAAGGCUUUAGAAUAUGGCAAUUCCAAAACUGCUUUUGGAACUUCAUUACUCAUAACACACAAUGUUAUAUAUAUGAUGAAUCCUAGAGGUUGAUUACAGAUUUUGAAGUAGUUUUGGCUUUUGUUUUUGUAAAACCAAUUUUUUAGACAAUCAAGUUUAUAAAGAAAUAGAUCCCCCUACAAACUGUUUUUUCAGAUAACUGUUUUUUCCUAUAGAAAAACCAAAAUCAAAGUUUUCAUGGUUUUUGUCAAAACUUGGCGAUGGGUUUUUAUUCCUUUCCUAAAUUAUUUCUUUUGCUAUUAUGCAUAAAUAAAUACAGAAAAAAUUACCGUAAAAAAUAUAGUUAAGUAAAAAGCAUUUGUUUAACAUAUAUAAUACAUAUUAAUAACAUUUUUAUACUUUUCAGUAAAAUAAAUUAAUUAUUUAAAUUUACUCUAUGUAUCUUUUACAUGUUUUUUUUAAAACCUAUAGGUAUAAUUUGUUUAAAAUUUAUAGUACAUCUAGCUAUGCUAACCAUAAAAAAAUCUUUAUUGUACAAAGACUAUUAUAUUAAUUAAAUGAUAUAUAUUUUUUCCUUAUAAAAUAUAAUAAUUAAUUACCUAAAAUUAAAUGUACUUUAAAAUCCAGUAAUUUAAUAUUAUUUUGUAAUAUUUUAAUUGCAGAAAAUUAUCAAUAUAACAUUUUCUUAAUUAUCCCUAUAAAUUAAAUGAAAUGUAUUAAAAUUAUAUUAAAAAUGUAAAUAAAUUUAAAAAGUAUUUAGAACUCAAAAUUUAAAAGUAUUUAAAAAGCAUUUUACAUUUUUGUUUGUGAUCAGAUUCCUGCAUCUAUAUAAGAUUUAAGAUAAUUUUAUUAAAUACGUUUAUGUGUAUUUUGAUGGGCAAUUGUUAAUAAUAGCACCUUUUGAAGUUUAUGUCUCAAAAAUAGCACUAGAAGGAGAAAGUCACAAAAAUGACAUUCAUUAAAGGGUAAAAUAUCCCUAAUACCCUUGGUUUAAAAUUAAAUAAACAAACAAAAAUAAAUAAAAAAAAAUAAAAUAAAAAUAAAAAAAUGAAAAAAAGAAUUUUUUUUUAUA